AUGGAUAUGCAUAAUGGAGAAAUGACAAAUGCAGCUCUCGUUGUCCAUGAAGACCACAAGAAUGGAGGGCAGCAAAUUUCACUGCCUCAGAGCAAGUACAGUGAGCUCAUCUCAACCCUGCCCGCAAGAAAUGAUUGGAAAUUCAUGCCUCUUCACCAAUACCAAGGCUCUUGGUACUUCACCGUUUACCUAGAGGCAUUAUUAGCUGCUCAAGAAAAAUUCCAAGCUCAGCCCGAUGAUAUUAUCUUAUGUACUUACCCUAAAACUGGCACAACUUGGAUUAAAGCUUUAGCUUUUGCUAUUGUUACACGCUCUCGUUACAGCAUUUCUAAAAGCCCUUUGCUGACAUCUACACCACAUGAUUGUGUUCCUUUUCUUGAAAUUGAUAUUGGUACAAAAGACACUUGUGUUCGUGACCCAGAAAACCCACUUGUAGCUACACAUAUUCCUUAUAAUUCCUUGCCAAUUUCUAUAACAACAUUGGGAUGUAAAAUAGUGUAUUUAUGCAGGGAUCCUAAAGAUGUGUUAGUAUCAAUGUGGCAUUUCUUAAGAGCAAGAUUACCAGAAGGAAUCGACAAAGAUGCAUAUUGCAACAUGGCUGAUUCUUUCGAGUCGUUUUGUGAAGGAGUUGCUUUAAAUGGACCUUAUUGGGAUCAUGUUGCAGGGUAUUGGAAGGCAAGCCAAGAGUAUCCUGAGAAGGUUUUAUUCUUGCAAUACGAAGAUUUGAAGGAGGACAUUGUUUUCAAUGUUAAGAAACUAGCUAACUUUCUUGGAUAUCCCUUUACUUUAGAGGAAGAGAAACAAGGAGUAGUGCACCAAAUCAUUGAUUUAUGCAGUUUUGAGAGUUUAAAAAAUUCAAAAGUAACAGAAAACGGUGUUUACAGUCCAGACUCUCCAUUUACUAUGAAAAAUAGUUUAUACUAUCGGAAAGGUAAGAGUGGAGAUUGGAAGAAUUAUUUUACUGAAGAAAUGGGUGCUCGUUUAGAUCAAAUUGUUGAAGAAAAACUAAAUGAUUCCGGCUUCUCCUUUCUUUCUCGACAUUCAAGUAACUGA